UUCUUCUGUCGUUAUCCGUCGGCGGCUGGCGUAUCCUAGCAACAAAUUCUAACAAAAGUGAUGGAGAAAAGAUGGCGACGCAGGGGGAGAAAGACGCCGCGGAUUAUCUUCAGAAGCACAAAUUAAUGGAGCUUUUGGAAAACGUGACUAGCAUGCUCUUCUUUUACAGACCUGAAAACCCCAGAGAGUUUCUCAUUGAGCAGCUGAAGCAGCUGAAGCUUUCUCAACAGAGAGGAAUGAUGGGGCCAAAUCUUUUCAACAAGACCAACCUGGAUGCAGUCUUUGGGAUACUGGAUCCAGCUGGCAGGAAAUACAUCACUUUUGCCCAGUAUAAGCAAGCUCUGACCACCAUAGGUAUAAAAGACAUAAAUGAGUGCCCUGAAGGUGUAAAUGAGGACAGAAUAUCAGAAGAGACCUUCAAAACAGAAGCGAUGCAAGGCCUUCAGAGGUGCUCAGCAACAUACAUAUGACAAAGGCUGAAAUGUUAUUUAUGUUCAUUAUUUGGAUGUUGUCCGUGGAAUUGUUCUCUUUCUAUAGCUGUGUUUAGUAAAUGAGCUGGUUUUAUUUGAUUAUUGUUAUGAAACUGUUGUCCAUAUGUAUUAGCACCAUGCCUGGCACAGGAAGUGAUAAUAUGUCUACAGAACGGUGCAAAAGGUGCAUCUUUGAUCUGAUUAUAUGUACAGUCAUGUGCAUAUGUUUUAGGCACAUAGGACGCUAAGGGUUCAUUGCAGGGCCUGAGGGGCUUUAAUCUGGGCCAGGAGAGGGGAUGGAGGGCAGCCAUAGGCAAAUUUUGACACAUGUUGACACACACAUGUGUCACUUGGUAGCAAAAGACAAGCUCAAUGGCAUUGCUUUUGUCCUGGCCUUUUCACCCCUAGUGAUGCACGCAGAGACCUCUGGCAGUUUUCAGGCCCAUGGGACAUCUACAGCAUUACUGUAGCACUACCUGCCCACACAAUAUUGUAGGCCAUGUUCAUGCGCAUCAUGCACCCAUUACAUCGUUCUAAGGGUGUGGACUUAGUUAUUUUUCAACAAAUUAUUUCCCUAUGACCCUGAUGAUAUGGUAA